AUGGCAGAAGCAAUAACAACGUCACUCUUCAACGUGAUCAACUACUUCCACACCAAUGACCGGGUCAAUCGGGUUGACUUUGGGCUAUCCAAGUAUCAGUACCUCAAUCAAUUACUCGAAUGGAGAAUAUCAGAGCUUUUACUACUUGUGAUAUUAUUUGUAUUAUACUUUUUGGUUUACUGGAUUGAACCAUUCCAGAGACAAUUUGUGAUCAGUGAUGUGACAAUCAACCAUCCCUUUGCUGAACAUGAAAGAGUCAAUAACGCUGCUUUAUUUUUCUAUGCCGUUUGGAGUCCCUUGACAAUUAUAGGUAUUGUUAGUAUUAUCAUCACCAAACCAAAAAAUAAGGUCUACGUAACAUAUGUUUCGAUUAUUGGCUUACUAGUAUCGGUAUUUUUAACCAGUGUUGUCACUGACCUUUUGAAAAACUUCAUUGGACGUCAUAGACCUGAUUUCAUUGCCAGAUGCAUCCCCGAUUCCAAUGCUGAUGUCAAUAUAUUGGUGAAUGCAAUUGACGUUUGCACAACUACAGAUUACGACCGAUUGAAAGAUGGUUUCAGAACAACUCCGUCUGGCCAUCUGAGUUUAAGUUUUGCCGGACUCCUUUAUCUUUCCUUAUGGUUAGCUGGCCAAUUAGUAGUCACCAACUCUCAUCUGGGUAGUUGGAGAAGCAUAGUGGCAGCAUCUCCUACUCUAGUGGCCAUGUUGAUUGCAUUAAGCCGUACCGAAGACUAUCGUCACCAUUUUAUUGAUAUCAUCAUUGGUAGCUCGAUUGGAAUUUGUAUCGCUUAUACUUCUUAUCGCAAACAUUUCCCUAGUAUAACCCAUCCCCAAUCCUACGAGCCUUACACCAUUAUCGAACAAGAUCAACAAUCACAAGACAAUCACGAUGGUUACAACAGAUUAGAAAGUGUAUAA